AUGGAGACUAACCCAAUCUUGGAUCACAAACCCCCUAUUCACCUUGACCUGGACUUUGACCACGCUCCCCUGCUUAAAUCUUCCGAUAAACCCGCCACCGCCCCCUCUUCCGGAGCACGAGCCAUCCACAGGAAGCACACACCCCCCGGUAGCAAGAAGGGCCGAGUUUCACGGCUGCCCUCAACAACGGGCACGUCACGGCUGUUGGCGAGGAGGGGCCGCCAGGACGGCCCAUAUCCCGCCAGGAGGGCGGGGACGGGGGGCAUCGCGUUUCACUGCGUUCCUGGCCGCGGUGUCACGGUUUCGGGCGCCGGUUUCUCUCUCUCCUGGGAUCCUGGUGCUGAAGUGUGGUCUGGUUGGUUGGUUGGUAACCUGUACCCCCCUUGUACAUGGGGACUCGUUCCGCCAUCGCCAUUCAACAAGGCGCCAUCCCGCCGCGGACCUCCACACCGGCGGACGGAAUCUAUUGCGUCGGUUACCAGUGCGGCGAGCAUCGCGGACAUCAACAUCGAGGAAACCAAGACUAAGACGGGAAUGAGCAUCGACGAUAUCGCAGCGUUCAUCCAAGAGCCGGACCCAUCAGACGGUAGUAUCAGUGCCCAACCUGCAAGGAGUGCUUCGUCCGGCAGCACGACCUCAAAGACCAGUGUAUAA